AUGCCACACAAGGGGCAUUCAGGAGUGAAUCAACUUGGUGGUUUAUUUGUUAAUGGUCGACCUCUACCAGAUGGUACUCGGCAAAAAAUCGUUGAACUUGCUCAUCAGGGUAUGAGACCAUGUGACAUAUCGAGAUUUUUGCAAGUAUCCAAUGGAUGUGUAUCAAAAAUUCUUGCACGUUAUUAUGAAACAGGCAGUAUUAAACCACGUGCAAUUGGUGGUUCAAAACCACGUGUUGCCACGGCCGAAGUUGUACAAAAAAUUGCUCAAUACAAACGGGAAACACCUAGUAUUUUUGCAUGGGAAAUUCGUGACCGUUUACUCGGUGAUCAAGUUUGUACACAAGACAAUAUUCCCAGUGUAUCAUCUAUCAAUCGAGUACUUCGUAAUCUAGGCUCAAAAUCAUUGGAUUCAAUGAGUCAUGAAACAUAUUAUUCUGUUGACAGCAAACUUCGUGUAUUACAUUCACAACCGUGGUCAUCAUCAUCAUUCUAUGUACAACCGGGAUCUGCAACCACUCAACAUUUAUUACAUCAAUCAUAUUCAAAUAGUAGUGAUUCAAAUGACUACAAGCAUAAUGAUCGACAUCCACAAGAGCUAGCAGAUAUUACAGAUGGAAGUAAUGAAAGUAAAAUCAGAGAAAAUGAUAAUGAUGAAGCCGUUCGAGAACGUUUAAAAUUGAAAAGAAAAUUACAGAGAAAUCGUACAUCGUUUACUCAAGAACAAAUUGAUGCCUUAGAAAAAGAGUUUGAACGAACCCAUUAUCCAGACGUGUACGCUCGAGAAAAACUUGCACAAAAAAUUAGUUUACCCGAAGCAAGAAUACAGGUUUGGUUUUCAAAUCGUCGUGCAAAAUGGCGAAGAGAAGAUAAAGUACGUGGUCAGAGACGUCAAAUGAAUGAAGUAGGAAAUUUACGUCCAUCUGGUACUACACCACCACCAUCUCUCUAUCCGCCUACCUUUCCUCAAACAAAUUUAUCGGAUACAUACAGUAGCACAUUUGCAACAAGUUUUGGAGCACCCAUGACUGCUUCCGUUUGCAAUUCAUCAGGAUAUCCAUUUUUUCAAGGUGGUUCAGCACGAGGCUACGAUGCUUUGAGUUUCAGUUCACCAUAUAAUCGAUCGUCAUGCUAUGGUCCCGGUCAAUCAAACAAUUCAGACUUGACGAAAAUGCUUGGCAAUCCAGUAUACAUGAAUAAUGGCAAUCAUAAUGCUCAUAUGCCGUGGUAUCCACCUAUUUUGGCUUAA